AUGUCUCGAUUCGCUCUCUUCGCCGGCUUCAUGGCGGUCAGCGUCGCAGCUCAAGCUGAAUUCGCAGCCCCCAGAUUCAAGUACAUUGGCUGCGUCGAAGCGGAGCCACCCGUCUUCAGUGUCAAGGCCGAUUUACCUGCCCCUUUCAGUGUCCAGCAAUGCCAAGAUGCGUGCCACGCCAAGGGCAAAUACGCUGCCAUGGAUGGUAGCUGCAACUGCUACGACUCGUCAUCAAAGGCUGAGCCGUCUUACAACAUCCUCGAUGAAUCGGUCUGCUCGCUGCCGUGCAUUAGUGGCAACAGAACUGCGGGUGUGUGCGGAGGCCCGCAGUGUGAAGUGACGGGAAAGAAGCGAUACUCGCUAUACAAACAGGAAGAGGAUAAACAAAAAAUGGAACAUCAUGAUGGCAAUGGCUGUGAAAAGGAGAACAAAAAGGAAAUGGAGCAUCACGAUGGUGAUGGCUGGGAAAAGGAGGACAAGAGUAAAGAGACCGGUAUCCAGACCAAGUACAUCACCUCCACGGUCAAGACCAUCACAGCUUGCCCUCCCGAAGUCACCAACUGUCCUCUCUCUCCUAACAAGACCACUCCGCACUGCCCAGGAGAGGGUUGCCAUAUCCCCACGACAUCAGCCGAUCCCGCUAAACCCGCGUGUCCUGAGAAGUGCAGCCCUCCAUGCCCUCCUGAAGGCUGCGCAGCUUGUCCUCCUGGUGGAUGCCUCCCAGCUUGUCCUCCAGGUUGCCCCCACCCUCCAGCAUGCGAUGGCGAGCACUGCAAGAUCGGUCUCCCUACAUCUUUAGCCUGUCCGUCUGGAGGAUGCUUUCACCCUCAUCCUACGGUGAUUGUUAGCGAAGGCACCAGGUACCAAUCCGGCGUAUUAAUAGCACUUGCGGCGGCGGCGAUGGCUGUUGGUUGGCUGUAG